AUGCCCUCGGUAAGCUUUAGAGUGAAUCCAGAAUAUGCAGAUGUCACUGAAAUUGUUCCUGGAUUAUUCGUAUGUGGUGUAAGCGCGUUGACUCUGCAAUGUAUGGAAAAAUUAAAUAUUACUUUGAUCAUUAACGCUACUGAAGAAGUGCCAAACUUUGCUUCAUUAGGAGCGAUUCCAAGAAUAAAAUUAUGGAUUGAAGAUACUUCACAAGCGUACAUUUUGCCACAUUUUGAUAACAUCUGUGAUCGAAUACAUGCCGAACUUACAGACAAUGGUAAAGUACUGAUACACUGUGUUGCUGGUGUUUCACGUUCCGCAACACUAUGCUUGGCAUAUUUAACCAAAUAUAAAUGCAGAUCGUUACGGGAAGCAUAUCAUUUAAUGGCAUCCAAAAGACCAAUGGUUAGACCAGUUGUUGGAUUCUGGAAACAGCUAAUUUCAUUUGAGCAGGAAGUUAAAAAAGCUCCGGCUACUGUAAAAUUGAUUUCUGACGAAAGCCAGUCAGAAAAACUGCUGCCCGACGUAUACUUGAAGCAUAUAUUUCCAGCAAGAUCAGAGGGUCCAAACGCAGGAAAGGAUGAAAAAUAUGAGAACAAAGCCGUUGGUGGAAAACGAAAAUUUCAACCAGUAUUAGAAACAUUAGCUGAAACAACAGAAAUGGUCACUACAAUUCCUUCAUCUGUUUGCCCUUUAAAAAACCCAGGUUUUUAA